UAACAAGGGGCGUAAAAGUGAGAUUUUAGGUCAUUCCGACGUCAUUAAGAGCAUUCUGAUGAGUCACUUCCUAAAUGGAAAACCAAUGGAUCAGUGGAAAUACACUGCGCAUGCGUGCCGGGUAGACCGGAAACUGUCUCCCUAGGCUACCGUCAACAAAAGAUCAUUUCUCCCGUGACCACCAAUGUACUUUUUAACGUCCAUCCAUCUGUUUUCUAUACCGCUUAUAAUAUCAUAAAAAUGAAGCAGUUGUGUCUUUUUCAGCUACACGUACAGUAACAUUUAUGUCACAUAAUCGAGCAACUUCGGGAGCAGAGCAUUUUACUUGUUGCUGGUAGCUAAUAUGCUAAUAACCGUCCAAAAGCUUGUUUUCAGAGAUGACAAACGAAGUGUUCGAGACUUUGGCUUACAAAAAAAGUCCUAGAACAACAAAAAGAACAACAUUCCAGGAUGAACUUGAAGCUGCCCUCUCUCUUCGAGCUACAAAAGACACAUCACUUUUGUAUAAACAAGAUUCAGAUGAGGAUACCGACGAUUUUUUAGACAACCUACUCAAAUCAAGAAAAAACAGGUCUGAUGCAUUCAAGGCCUCAAAGACUAAAAGUAGACUCAAUGACUUUGAAUUCUUGGACGACGAGGACAAACAAGGGACGAAAAAGAUAACUUCGUUCUUGAAAUCCCAAGGAACUACAUCUCUAGAUGGAGCGUCACAAGGUCAACAGGGGACUGUGGACAGCUAUCACUUAUCCGGCGAAGACGACUUGCAACGUAAUGACAUGAAACUGACUGACCAUCAACCCGCAAGAAACAACUCAUCCAUGUUGCUGUCAUACCUGUCAGACGAUGCACGUCCAGACUCAUCUUUCCACAGCAGGAAAUCUCCAGCUCCAAUUUGGCCUGAAAGCAGACUGGACAACAGUGGAGACACACUCUGUCAAGAAAUUCCACCGGAUGCUGACAUUGAAUGUGUGACCUCAGCUGGCACAGACAAGGAGACACCUAGACCCAAACCAAGGCAAAGGAUUGUGGGGUUGAACCUCCAUGCGACAGAGACAACAGCUGAAGAUGCACAAUCAUUACUGGCCGCCAGCAGACCUCAAACUUCUCCAUUAACUCUCAUUGACAGUAUUGCCUGCAAAGAUAGCAUUGGUGAUGCGCCUCUGGAAGGAACGACAACUAUAAAGAGCUGCAGUCCACAUUUGACUGUUGGAGGUGCUGGUGGUGAAGGUGCUGAUCCAUGCGCUUCAAAUCCCUUCACUUUAGCUGACACCACAGAGCAACAAAGGGCUAAGUCUGCUUCACUAGAAGAGUGUAACCAAGAGUUGGCAGCUCACUCUGAUGCUCAUGUUCAAGUCACCAGGGCAUCAAGUUCUCAGUCUAAGCGAGCCAACAGUGCGAAGUACAAGAAGGUGAAGUCAAAGUAUAUGGGAACUCUCACACUUUUGGACUCCAAAGGUUUCUCAGAUUGUCAACCACAAGAUGCAGAUUCCCUCCGGGCUGCUGUUUUCCAGGAAUGGCUGAAAAAGAAAAACGAACAGUACAUAGAGAGCAUAAACAAAGAGAAGACUUGGAAAGAGCAAAAGAAAAAGGAAGAAGAAGAGAAGAAGAAAGAUGCUGCCGCUUCGUACGACGCCUGGAAAAAAAAGAAAGACGAGAUGUUUAAAGCCAAAGCAAAGAAAGAGAAAAAUAGUGUGAGGAAAGAACAAAGUGUGGUGGAAGAAGUCGAGGAAAAACGGAAAACAGCUGAACAGGUGUUUGAUCGGUGGAAGCGUGAGCAGGAUCGCAUGCUAAGAGAAAAGUGUCGAAAGCAAAGAGAGGAUGAGAGAAAACAUACGCUGAAGAAGCAGGAGGAGGAGGAAGAAAGAAAGCGAGGCAGCCAAUCUGCCUUUUCGAACUGGUGUGAAAAAAAGACUGAUGCCCUGCAGAAAAAAGUCUCAACAGAACGUUUGGAAAAUAAGAAUAAAGCAGAGGAGCAUCGAUACAUUAAAGAAGAGAAAGAUAAAAUGGCUUUAGAGAUGUUUGAACAAUGGCUGGCAAAAAAGGAUCUACAACAAAAGCAACAGAAAGAAGAAAGGCGUAUACAAGUGAUACUCCGUGACAGCCCUCCUCCUCCAUGGAGUCCACCUAAUAAAACCAUCCAAUUCCCAAAAUAAGUCAAGACCUACAGUCGGUAGUCUACUGGUUCACAUUACUGACCUUUGUCCAGAUGGUGAGAUUAAUUUUCUGAUUGACUGGUGACGAGUCUCAAGUCUGGUCUGCCUUUUGUCAGCUGGGAUAGGCUCCAGUGGAUGGAUGUGGGUGACAUUUGAAACUGAAACUGUCAAACACUCUUUUAAUAUGCAAUUUAUUCAUUGUUGAGGGACAUGCUUAUAUUUUUAGGAGAGUUCAAUGCUGGGGUUUUUGUACGCAAGUGAUUUUUAUGUCAGUACUGUGAUAACAGGAGCAUUUGUAUAUAUAUAUAUAUAUGUGUUGGGCUAAUUUGAAUAUUUACCAAUUAUAUAGCAAUAAGAAAAAAAAGCAAUUUUAUGUUUGAUUAGCUUGACAUGGCUACUACAAAUUUUAAGGAUUAUUUCAAAAUCCUCAAUUUUUUUAUUUUAGGACUGCUGGGUAUUUGUAUAUACUAUAUUUGUCUGAAUUUGUGUUUCCUGUGCAUGUGUGUAGCAGUUUCCAAUACUAUUAAAAGUAACAAAUGAUUGUCUGUUCAGUCGUAAAAGAGAAACAAAUCGUGUUCAGACCAUAUUUUUCGACCUAAUUUUUAUCAUGAAGCCCUAAACUGGAUUUUCCUCAUAUGAAUAA